CUUCAUAUUUUUGUGCUAUACUUCUCCAGUUUUUAUUUUGUUGUAAGUUUAUUGAGAAAGUUUCAGUGAGAGAAAAGUCGAUUCUAAUUCAUUUCAGUAAAGAAUAUCGCGACGUAUUCGAUAAACUCCUCGGUAUUGGUCUUGUGAAGGAGAAGAUCAGCUGCAAAGGAACUCGUCUCCCUACCCAACCUGUAGUACCUUUGGCAACUGGUUCAGUCAUCGUCACUGAUUUCAACGCCAAGUUUGCCUUUAGGAGAACGGCUGAAGAGCUCCAUAUCGGAACUCACGGACCGAGUGUGUCAUGUCGACACACACUAUACAAUGGUGAUCCGCAGUUCCAGAAUCCAUCUCAUUUCCGAUGGACAUGGAAGUUAUCUGGUGGACUAUAUCACAUCAUCUUCAUUCAAAAAAUUUGCCUGAUUGACGUCCCUUUUGUUCAAAUUCCUGUACGGGAUCAGACCACCCUCUCCUCUCUUGACAUUUUUUUUCAAAUUCGAACUCGUGCUUUUUAA